UAAGCCUAUCUGUUUGCGACCACAUUAACAACACAGCUCAGGAAAUGUCGGUAACACAUGAUUAAAGUCUGGUGGCGGAUGUCCUAAUCUCGCCUGACAGAGUAGAGACAAAGAGACUGUAGGCCGAACUUAAAUGUUUUCCUGAGACUGGGCCGACUGGUUUUUUCCCCCUCAUAGCGCAGGGAGGUAGCAGGUGUGAGGAAGGAGGACCUUAACUUUUGUCCUUGUCAUCCUAGCCCAGGUGGAAGAGAUCAUUAUUCUGAGUUCAACGGAGAGGAGAAUGUGACAGGGCAGUGGACGUUAAGGUUCUAGAACUUCUGGAGUCAAUGACAAAGGGUGCAUGAGUAGUUAACGGAUAUAAGGACUGGAAGUUUCAUGGAGCUAACUCAGUGGGCAACUCAGUGGAUAACAGGGGGUCGUUCUACCUUUCACAGAGCCGGUAAGCGCCGCAGUCUGUGUCCCUGCAAAACAUUUCCAGUGGCUGUUCUGAGAAUAUCAUGCUCGUGGGUGUGUUUCACCGCUUUCGUCUGUGGACUAUUUCUCCUCCUCGGAGUGUGUUUUCUCAAUCUCUUUGACCCACGACUCCAACCCUUCCCUCUCACUGGAGUGGAGCCCAGAGAUGUCACCCUUCUGUUGUGGACGCACCCCUUCGGCCGUUACCGCAGACUGCCGGACUGUGAGGCGCGCUUUGGGAUCCGUGGGUGCGUACUGACCGACGACCGACGCAUGUACCCUGGGGCUGACGCCAUCAUCAUGCACCACCGUGAGAUAGUGACCAACGCCACGGCGCUCCCGUCUGACCCACGACCCCGUGGCCAGAAGUGGAUCUGGAUGAAUUUUGAGUCCCCGUCUCACACUCGUGGCCUGCGGCAGUUCGAGGGCUUGUUCAACCUCACCAUGACCUACCGUGCAGAUUCAGACAUCUUCCUCCCCUACGGCUACCUGGUGACCCGCCUUCACCCUCACGCCAAUGCCCCCCACACACGCCCCCGACGGCCCCACCUACUGGCCUGGGUCAUCAGUAACUGGUCGGAGUCGCAGGCCCGCGUGGCGUAUUACCGUCGGCUGGUUAACUACGUUGACGUGGAUGUGUUCGGGGGCGCAGGCGUGCCACUGCCAGAGGACAGCACUGUGGUGCGCACGGUGAGGCGUUACCUGUUUUAUCUGGCGUUGGAGAACUCCCAGCAUCCCGACUACAUCACAGAGAAGCUGUGGAACUCCUUACUGGCCGGGGCCGUUCCUGUAGUUCUCGGGCCGCCACGGGAAAACUACGAACGCUUCCUCCCCCAUGAUGCCUUCAUUCAUGUGGACGACUUCUCCUCUCCUCGCCUGCUCGCCCAAUACCUGAUGCUGCUGCACCGGAGCCCCACCCUCCUGCAGAGACACCUGGCUUGGAGGAGGAGCUACAGCGUGCACCUGACCGCUUUCUGGGCGGAGCAUUACUGCACAGCAUGUCGCGUCGUGCGGAAUCACAGUCUCCGGACUGACACCAUCACCAACCUUCAGCGCUGGUUUGAGUCCUGACCUCAGUGUGGAACCACAGACUCCGGACUGACACCAUCACCAACCUUCAGCGCUGGUUUGAGUCCUGACCUCAGUGUGGAACCACAGACUCUGGACUGACACCAUCACCAACCUUCAGCGCUGGUUUGAGUCCUGACCUCAGUGUGGAACCACAGACUCUGGACUGACACCAUCACCAACCUUCAGCGCUGGUUUGAGUCCUGACCUCAGUGUGGAACCACAGACUCUGGACUGACACCAUCACAAACCUUCAGCGCUGGUUUG